CUUCUUUCCUACGUAUUACGUCAGAGCGUCGCCGUCAGUUGGUAGACAAAUUCAACAUGGAGGACAUCGUUAUUGGAGAGAAGAACCCGGACGACGUGCCAGCCAUGCUGAGCUCCAGACCUCAGACCGGUCUGUCCUUCCUGGCACCAGAACCAGAGGAUCUUGAGGACCUUUACAGCAGAUACAAGAAGUUGCAGCAGGAGCUGGAGUUCCUGGAGGUGCAGGAGGAGUACAUCAAAGAUGAACAGAAGAACCUGAAGAAGGAGUUUCUCCAUGCCCAGGAGGAGGUGAAGAGGAUACAGAGCAUCCCUCUUGUCAUUGGCCAGUUCCUGGAGGCUGUGGACCAGAACACAGCCAUUGUCGGCUCCACCACAGGGUCGAACUACUAUGUGCGCAUCCUGAGCACCAUCGACAGAGAGCUGCUGAAGCCCAACGCCUCGGUGGCGUUGCACAAGCACAGCAACGCCCUGGUGGAUGUGCUUCCUCCAGAGGCUGACAGCAGCAUCAUGAUGCUGACGUCAGACCAAAAGCCAGAUGUGAUGUAUGCUGACAUUGGCGGCAUGGAUAUUCAGAAGCAGGAGGUCAGAGAAGCAGUAGAGCUGCCUCUCACACACUUUGAGCUCUACAAACAGAUUGGCAUUGACCCACCCAGGGGUGUCCUUAUGUACGGACCUCCAGGUUGCGGCAAGACCAUGUUGGCCAAGGCCGUGGCACACCACACUACAGCGGCGUUCAUCCGUGUGGUCGGCUCUGAGUUUGUUCAGAAGUACCUGGGUGAAGGCCCUCGUAUGGUGCGCGACGUCUUCAGGCUGGCGAAGGAAAAUGCCCCCGCCAUUAUUUUCAUUGAUGAAAUCGACGCCAUUGCUACUAAGCGUUUUGAUGCACAGACUGGAGCUGACAGGGAGGUGCAGAGAAUCCUGCUGGAGCUGCUCAACCAAAUGGACGGCUUCGACCAGAACGUCAACGUCAAGGUGAUCAUGGCCACCAACAGAGCGGACACGCUGGACCCGGCCCUGCUGCGUCCCGGUCGUCUGGACAGGAAGAUCGAGUUCCCCCUGCCUGACCGCAGGCAGAAACGCCUCAUCUUCUCCACCAUCACCAGCAAAAUGAACCUCUCUGAGGAGGUCGACUUAGAGGACUAUGUGGCCAGACCAGACAAAAUCUCCGGAGCUGAUAUUAACUCCAUCUGCCAGGAGGCCGGCAUGUUGGCAGUGCGUGAGAACAGGUACAUUGUCCUGGCCAAAGACUUCGAGAAAGCCUAUAAGACCGUUAUCAAGAAGGAUGAGCAGGAGCACGAGUUCUACAAGUAGACAGAGAGUACAUCCAGACCCCGGCCUCCACCAGAAGAAAAGAGAUGUUCAGACACACAAGUUUGUUUUUGGUUGACGUAUGUGUCUGUAUUUUCACUGUAUCUUGUAUGGAUUUCCCAGACCCUGACUUGGACUGACACUGACCUUGGACUAAAUUUACUCACUUUAUCACAGGGCCAGCUUGAGCUCUGAGAUUUCGCCCUUGAGAAGACGCACUACUAUAUGAUGAACUUUUUUUUUUUUUUUUUUACAGGCACUCUGGACAUUUGACUAUAUUUGACCCUGACUGUAGUUAAGACAACAGUGGAGCAUUUGUAUCUAUAUGUACCAACUUGACAAAACAUUACUAAAAAAAUAUCCAUUAAAAAAUGUUUUCAAUAAAAAAGCAAA